CAACAAACUGGGUCAAUUUUUAUUUCGGGUAUAAGCAAGCAUAAAAAAGAAAGCGGUAUUUUUAGAGAUUUUUUUCUUUUUCAUUUCUUUUUCUCUAACCAUGUCAGACAAUAAUUCAACAACACUUGUUCGACGCGAACCUUGGUACCGUCACCCAUUGCUUCUAUGGGCACUCAAAUCAACAGCCAUUAACUUUGUCUUGCCUUUCUUUAAUGGUGUCAUGCUUGGUUUUGGUGAAAUCUUGGCUAAUGAACUGGUGUUUAAAUAUGGUUGGUUUGGUUAUACUCGACCACAACUUGGUGUCUAUGGUGGUAUACCAGCUACCUGUACAAGUGAAUACAAAAAGACGAUAGAAGGAAGAAUUAAACACGAACAAAAGGAACAACAAAAGGAACUCUUACUUGUCGAUUAGAAGCAUGGUAGAUGAAUAAAACUUGUAUAUACCUUUUAUGGUUCAUAUGAUUUAUGCUUUACACUAUUCCAGUGCGAUAAUGAGACACAAUGAGUUGUAUCUAUCAUGAUAAUGCAU